AUGACCCGGCAAACACAAGAGACUAUAAUACUCAAAACUAUGGCCAGAAAAACUCACGAUGACUUGACAGAAGAAAUCCUGAAGAAGCUGAAGAAAAACAAUUCACAGGCUAUUUUACCUCUUUGGUCAAACAUUUCUUCUGAGAUGGUUUCAAAAUACGCCUAUAUUGUAGAAAGUAAUGCAAUUCAGCUCGGUUUUCCUUUGCGUCGAUGUGAAAGUUCUUGGGCUGCAAAUUUGUUAUUGUCCGAAACUCACAAGUUUCGAUGUAAUAGAGCUCGAAACAAGGCUAUUGUUUUCGGCAAUCCUACUGUGAUUGACCACGACCAACGCACCAGACCCAAGAUUAUAUUUGAAGAGUACUUGGAAGGCUUCGAGGGUUCUGGCUGGGGAGAGUUUGGCCGAAAUCGAUAUGACAAUGGUUAUGAUUCUCAUGACGAUGAUUAUGAUUCUUAUGCUGAUCCUACUCCUUCUACUACUGGUCGUAACACUUCUUCCUCUGCAGCUAUAAGAUAUGGUUUUUCUAAUAAAGGAAAAAGACGCCAAAACGUUGAUACCAGAGAAGGAUACAGCGAUGAAGAACAGGGGCUCACCGAAACAAAACGCUGCAGAUAG